AUGGAUGACAGGCUUAAUGGUGGGCCUAGAUUAGCCUGUUUUAUACACAUGCUUGAGAUGCCUCCUGCUGCAGAAACCUUAACUGUUGGUAAGAUGGAGUCAGUUGAUGCAGCGUUCCGUCUCCUCAAAAAGGAACACUGUUUGAUCUUUCAGAGGCAAAAGCUUUCUUUGCUUUUGGUGAUUCUCUUGUUGACAAUGGCAAUAACAACUACUUGGAAUCAACUGCUUGAGCAGACUCGCCUCCGUAUGGCAUUGACUACCCUACUCAUCAGCCAACCGGUCGCUUCUCGAAUGGCCUCAAUCUUCCAGACAUUAUAAGUGAAGUUCUUGUUUUUUUUUUAAAAAGUUCAGCAAAAGAGUUCAUGUAAUGUUAAUUUUUCAUGUUUUACUUGCUGGUGAGUACUUAGGUGCUGAGUCUUACAUUGCCUACCCAACUGAGGUUUAAGUUACGAAUUUGGU